AUGAGCAUUUCCAGUAUCCUUUCGCCUGAUGAUGAGGGCGACAGGGCCAGUGCCUGCUCGUCGUCCGCGGUAAGCCCACCCUCAUCCUCGAGCACCUCUCUAUCCACGAGCUGCGGAAGCGCUGGAGGAGAGUCCACUGCCUCCAGCAGUAAUACCAGCAGCUCCUCCGCCACUAAAACUUCCUCCGGGGCCACCUUCACCUGGAACGAAGAUCCUGAAAAGAUCGACGCCAUGCUCCGCAGCCUCAACCCGUACAGCCCCGAGUGGGUUAUCUGGAAGGACUGGGCUGAUUUCCUAGCUGAGGAAAGAAAUGCUAACCAAAAGGUCAAAGGAUUUAUCUUAGACGAGCUUAUGCGGAAGGUCUACGAGCUUCUUGGCUCCACGCCUUCUGGUUCCCCCAAAAGUAGCCUAUCACCGGGAAGCAACUUGGACGAUUACGACGAGCAAUACAGGCAUAACCCCGCGGUGGACCUUGAUGACUCGACAGAAGUGGGGUUUUAUCACUGCCAAGGCGGAUCCACCCAACCUUCUGGAGACCAAUCGCGAAGCCAGACCACAAGACCUGGAUCCCAAGAUAUCAGCAACACUGCCGAUCGUUCGUUGUCUAGCUUCGGAAACAAGCGAAAGAGGGGCACGGGUGGCUCUACGUCAGAAGGUGAGGAUGAUGAAAACGGCAAAAAGAGGAAAGAGAAUCCCAGGCCUCUCAAAAGCAUCCGAAACGGGCCCAGGUUUUCUUGCCCUUUCUAUAAGAAGAGCCCGGAAGUCCAUGGUAAAAAUGCAUCAUGCCUCUGGCCUGGUUUUGGUGGCAUAUCACGUUUGAAGGAACAUCUCUACCGUGUUCAUACACGCCUUGGCCUUACUGCGACCAUAACUCUCCAGCCGAUCAGGCAGUCGAAGGAUAUGACUGGUAUCAGCGCGAGCAUCUACCCAACAUGA